UACAAGAAAAAUCCUUGUUUACAAUACGACUUAUAGUAUUAAAUGUCAAUCACUCGUUAUUUUCUGCUACAUUCAUGAGAAAGCAAAUGCAGAGAGAAGGUAGCCAAUUACAUGACGAGAUGGACGCCAUGUUACUACAGAAAUUCAUAUGGAUAGAGAAAAAUAAACAAGAGUGCAGUGAGUGCAAGUAUGAAAGAGACAAUGCAUAAUUCGAGUAAUAUCGUAAAUAAUGAACAUAUCCAUGGAAAUGUAGAGCAAGCUAUUAUUCCUGAGGAGUCACCAGCAAAGCAGAAAUUAAGAAGUUGGCUAAACCGACAUUUGCGAAUUGAAAUGACUGAUGGAAGAGUCUUAAGAGGAGCAUUCUUGUGUACUGAUCGUGAUGCCAAUGUUAUACUUGGCUCGUGCACUGAAUAUCUAUCUACAGAACAUACAGAAGCAAGAGUUUUAGGCUUGGUAAUGGUACCUGGUCGACACAUUGUUUCAAUACAUUUAGAUGUUUAAAGCAGCAUUAUUCUUACAAGUCUGUAAAUAUAUGAAAUGCUAUA